AUGUCCCAACACCUGUUCCUCCCAGUGGUAAUGAUGGUGGCCAGCCCCAUCCCAGGAGCCUUCCAGGACUCAGACUGCGGGCGCCCUGAGCCCUCUUCCCGCAUCGUGGGGGGCUCCGACGCACAUCCGGGCACUUGGCCAUGGCAGGUGAGCCUGCAUCAAGGUGGGGCCCACAUCUGCGGGGGCUCGCUCAUCGCCCCUUCCUGGGUCCUCUCCGCUGCUCACUGUUUCGUGACGAAUGGGACCUUGGAGCCCGCGGACGAAUGGUCAGUCCUGCUGGGCGUGCACUCCCAGGACGGACCCCUGGACGGCGCGCACUUGCGCUCGGUGGCCGCCAUCCUGGUGCCGCACAACUACAGCGCAGUGGAACUGGGCGCCGACGUGGCUCUGCUGCGCCUGGCCUCGCCCGCCAGGCUGAGCCGCUGGGUGCGGCCGGUCUGCCUGCCUCGUGCCUCGCACCGCUUUGCUCACGGCACCGCCUGCUGGGCCACUGGCUGGGGAGACGUCCAGGAGGCUGACCCUCUGCCUUUCCCGUGGGUGCUACAGGAAGUGGAGCUAAGGCUGCUGGGAGAGGCCGCCUGUCAGUGUCUCUAUAGCCGGCCUGGCCCUUUCAACCUGACUUUCCAGCUGUUGCCAGGGAUGCUGUGUGCUGGCUAUCCAGAGGGACGCAGGGACACCUGCCAGGGUGACUCUGGGGGACCGCUGGUCUGUGAGGAUGGCGGCCGCUGGUUCCUGGCGGGAAUCACCAGCUUUGGCUUUGGCUGUGGACGGAGGAACCGCCCUGGGGUGUUCACUGCAGUGGCUCCCUAUGAGUCGUGGAUACGGGAACACGUGAUGGGCUCAGAGCCUGGGCCUGCCUUUCCCAGCCAGCUUCAGAAGCCCCAGUCAGGACCUUGGGAGUCCAGAGAAGAAAACUGUACCUUUGCCCAACCAGAGUGCGGGAAGACUUCGCAGCCAGGGACCUGGCCCUGGGAGGCCCAGGUGAUGGUGCCAGGCUCCAGACCCUGCUAUGGAGCGCUGGUGUCUGACAGCUGGGUCUUGGCACCCGCCAGCUGCUUCCUGGACCCACCCCGCGACCUUGAGGCCUGGCGGGUGCUGCUGCCCUCGCAUCCGGAGGAGGAGAGGGUGGCGCGCCUCGUGCGGCACAGGAACGCUUCCAGGGACUCGGCCUCGGACCUGGCGCUGCUGCAGCUGAGGACGCGCGUGAACCUGACCGCCGCCCCGAGUGCCGUGUGCCUGCCCCAUCCCGAACACUUCUUCCUGCCCGGGAGCCGCUGCCACCUGGCUCGCUGGGGCCGCGGGGAACCCGCCCCCGGCUCCAGCGCGCAGCUGGAGGCGCAGCUGUUGAACAGCUGGUGGUGUCACUGCCUGUACGGCCGCCAGGGGGAGUCAGUGCCGCCGCCAGGAGAGCCGCCGCACCUGCUUUGCCCCGCCUACCAGGAGGAGGAAGAGGCGGGCCGAUGCUGGAGCGAUUCCGGUUGGAGCCUUCUGUGUCGUGAGGAGGGGACGUGGUUCCUGGCUGGAUACAGAACCCUCUCAAGUGGAUGUCUCCGUCCCCGAGCCUUCUCCCCACUGCAGACUCAUGGCCCAUGGAUCAGUCAUGUGACUCAGGGAGCUUACCUGGAGGACCAGUUAACCUGGGGCUGGGGCCCUGAGGGGGAGGAGACUGAGAACCAGAUCUGUCCCCCACACACCGAGCACGGUGCCUGUGGCCUAAGGCCAAAGGCCACUCCAGCUGGUGUGUUGUGGCCCUGGCUGACAGAGGUACAUGUGACUGGUCAUCGAGUCUGCACCGGGAUUCUGGUUGCCCCAGGCUGGGUCCUAGCAGCCACACACUGUAUUCUCAGGCUGGGCUCCACGACAGUACCUUCCAUUGAAGUGUAUCUGGGCCAGGCAGGGGCCAGCUCCCUCCCGCAGGGCCAGCAGGUAUCCCGCUCUGUCAUCAGCAUCCGCCUGCCCAGGCACUUAGGACUUAGACCCCCCCUGGCCCUCCUGGAGCUGAACUCUCGGGUGGAGCCUUCUCCAUCGGUUCUGCCCAUCUGCCUACACCCAGGGGGGAUUCCCCCAGGGGCCAGCUGCUGGGUGCUGGGCUGGAAGGAGCCCCAGGACAGAGUUCCUGUAGCUGCUGCCGUCUCCAUCUUGACCCCACGACUCUGUCGCUGCCUCUAUCAGGGCGUUCUGACGCCCGGAACCUUCUGUGUCCUUUAUGCUGAGGGGCAGGAAGAUAGAUGUGAGGUGACCUCAGCACCCCCGCUCCUGUGCCAGACGGAGGGAGGCCCCUGGGUUCUCAUGGGCAUGGCUGUUCGAGGUAGCCAAGAGCUGUUUGCAGCCAUUGAUCCUGAAGCUGCCUGGAUAUCGCAAACAGUGGGAGAAGCCCAUUUUCUUCAUCCUAGCGGCUCCCCCUACUGGCCUCCUGAAGACAGUGACCUCUGCCCCCAAGACUUGGCAGGAACUGCCAGCUCCCAUAAGGUUGCUGCUGCCCUGCUUCUGCUUCUCCUGGCUCCGCAGAUCCAGGGCUGAGUCUGGUUCCUCUUCACACCACCCAUCAGGGCUGGAAUGCGGCCCAACCGGCCAGCUCCCAGGCCUGGAGAGGGCCUCUUCCACCUAUCAGCUUUCAGAUAAUUGGACCUCGGUGCUGGCUACUUCGGGACCUAAGAAUCCUUGGGGGUGGGGGAGGAAGAGAUAAUAAAGAUGUAAAUACAGACA